CGCGCCACGGCACCAUGCUGCUGGUUGAGAAGACGACCGACUCACCGGCGGCAGAGUUCUCGCUGGUGGAAGACGUGGCCCUGCACUUUGCCUGCUUGAUGGGCCGCCUGAACGAGCAGCGCCUCUUCCAGCCUGACCUCUGCGACGUGGACCUUGUGCUGGUGCCCCAGCGCAGCGUCUUCCCAGCGCACAAGGGCGUGCUGGCCGCCUACAGCCAGUUCUUCCACUCGCUCUUCACCCAGAACAAGCAGCUGCAGCGGGUGGAACUGUCCCUGGAGGCUCUGGCUCCUGGUGGCCUGCAGCAGAUCCUCAACUUCAUCUACACGUCCAAGCUGCUGGUCAACGCGACCAACGUCCACGAGGUGCUCAGUGCUGCCUCGUUGCUGCAGAUGGCCGACAUUGCUGCGUCCUGCCAGGAGCUGCUAGACGCCCGCUCCCUUGGUCCCCCGGGUCCUGGUGCUGUGGCCCUGGCCCAGCCCACCACCAGCUGCACCCCGGCUGCACCACCCUACUACUGUGACAUCAAGCAGGAGGCUGACGCCCCGGGCCUGCCCAAGAUCUAUGCUCGAGAAGGCCCUGACCCCUACUCAGUGCGUGUCGAGGACGGGGCGGGGGCCGCGGGUGGCACGGUGCCCGCCACCAUUGGACCAGCCCAGCCCUUCUUCAAAGAGGAGAAGGAGGGGGUUGUCGGCGAGGCCGGUGGGCCCCCGGCCAGCUUGUGUAAGCUGGAAGGUGGGGAGGAGCUGGAGGAAGAGCUUGGGGGUUCUGGCACCUACAGCCGCCGGGAGCAAUCCCAGAUCAUCGUGGAGGUGAACCUCAAUAACCAGACACUGCACGUGUCCACGGGGCCCGAAGGGAAGCCGAGCACCACCACGGGCCCCACCAUGAUGCUGGGUCGGGAGGAUGGACUGCAGAGACACUCGGAGGAGGAGGACGAGGAGGAGGAUGAGGAGGAGGAGGAGGAGGAGGAGGAGGAGGAGGAGGGCCGUGGCAGUGGGGGAGAGGAGGAGGAGGAGGAGGAGGAGGAGGCGGGCGGCAGUCAGGGAGAGGAGGAAGACGAGGAGGAGGAAGGGCACAGUGAGCCGGAGGAGGAGGAAGAGGAGGAGGAGGAAGGUCGCAGGGAGCAGGACCAAGAGAGCUCGGAGCAGGAUGAGGUGGAGGAGGAGGAGGGGGAAGCAGGGAGCAGGCAGGGGCCGGGCGUGCCCGGGGGGCGCCGGGGCGGUCGGGCAGAGCCCCCUCCCCACAGCCGCAUGGCCACUCGGUCCAGGGACAGCGCCCGGCGCCGGCCAGCCCCCGAGGCAGAGGAGGCCGGCAGGCGAGGAGGGAAGCGGCCGAAGCCGCCCCCAGGCGUGGCCCCUGCGCCCGCCCGAGGGCCACAGGCCACUGACGGGAUGGGAGCCAAGGUGAAGUUGGAGGAGAAGCAGCACCACCCCUGCCAGAAGUGCCCACGCGUCUUCAACAACCGCUGGUAUCUGGAGAAGCACAUGAAUGUGACCCACAGCCGCAUGCAGAUCUGCGACCAGUGCGGCAAGCGCUUCCUGCUGGAGAGCGAGCUGCUGCUGCACCGGCAGACGGACUGCGAACGCAACAUCCAGUGUGUGACGUGCGGCAAAGCCUUUAAGAAGCUCUGGUCCCUCCAUGAACAUAACAAGAUCGUGCACGGCUACGCAGAGAAGAAAUUCUCAUGCGAGAUCUGUGAGAAGAAGUUCUACACCAUGGCCCACGUGCGCAAGCACAUGGUCGCCCACACCAAGGACAUGCCCUUCACCUGUGAGACCUGCGGGAAGUCCUUCAAACGCAGCAUGUCUCUCAAGGUGCACUCACUGCAGCACUCUGGGGAGAAGCCUUUUCGAUGUGAGAACUGCAACGAGCGCUUCCAGUACAAGUACCAGCUGCGGUCCCACAUGAGCAUCCACAUUGGCCACAAGCAGUUCAUGUGCCAGUGGUGCGGCAAGGACUUCAACAUGAAGCAGUACUUCGACGAGCACAUGAAGACCCACACAGGGGAGAAGCCGUACAUCUGCGAGAUCUGCGGCAAGAGCUUCACCAGCCGGCCCAACAUGAAGCGGCACCGGCGCACGCACACGGGCGAGAAGCCGUACCCCUGCGACGUCUGCGGCCAGCGCUUCCGCUUCUCCAACAUGCUCAAGGCCCACAAGGAGAAGUGCUUCCGCGUCAGCCACCCCCUGGCCGGCGACGCCUCCCCCAGCGCCCCGGGCCUGGCCCCCGCGCUGCCGCCGCUCCCGGGGCCGCCCCACCUGCCGCCGCCGCCCCCGCUCUUCCCCACCACUGCCAGCCCGGGCGGGAGGAUGAACGCCAACAACUGACUGCCCGCCUGUGCAGUGGGCAGAGCCCAGGCCCCUCCCCGGGGGAGGGCAGCCUGCACCGGGCCUGGCGACCCCCGCCGCGGCGGGGGCUGGACUUGCUUUGCUUGAGGCCUGUGAUCCUGGGGGCUGUGGCUGGAGGCCCCCCAGAGCUGGCGGAGGACACUGCGCUCCCAAGUGCCCCCCCUUCAGUGACUCCUUGAAGCCUUUACUUUUAGGGGUGUUGGGGGGGAAGUGAGGGAAAAAGACAAGAGAAGAAACUGCAGCACCCCCCUCCAGGUGAGGGGCUACAAAGGUGGCAAGGUACAGUGGGGAGGAAGGGGACAGGGCAGCAGGCGUGACUGGUCACACCUGCUGAGGCCUGAGCCAGAGGGCUUGGCCAGGUGGCCCCUGAGUCAGCGUCAGCAGUUCAGCCCCACAUCUUCCAUACCCCCAACCUGUCCCCUCAUCCUGGAGGGUUUGGGGAGAAGUUGGGGUGCCAGCCCCCCCUUGGAGGAUCUGUGGCCGAGACAAGGGCUGGAGACUGGUGAAUGUGUUGGGUGGGGAGUGGAGGGGUGUGGGGACUGUAGGCCCAGCUCUGUACCUUGUGGAGUUGGGCAGGCAGGGGCUGGACCCCGGGAUUUGCUUUCUCUACCCGCACCCCUGGUAGCAGGCACAGGGACCCCUGAGGACCCUGCGCCCUGGAUAGGACAUCCCCAGAAGCUGCGGGGCCUCAAGGUCCGGUGGGCCAAGCCCUGGGUGGGAGCCGGGCGGCUCCGCGGCACAUCCCCCAGGGCUGCCGGCAGCAUCCCUGAGGCGGGAGGCCCCGGGGCGGGCCCCAGCAGGAAGCUUGGGCAGAUGUUUUAAGGUUUCAAGGUGCUACCAGUGAGGGCAGGGGUGGGCUGCUGCACAGAGCACCCUGCCCCUCACAGCCACCCUGGCUCUUUCUCCCGUGCCAGAAGGGGAUGUGUGUGUUUGUGUCCGUCUCCGCCCCGAAAGGCAGCACCGAGCUCAUCUCCGGGGGCCCGGCCACAGCAGGACCCUGGCUGGUGUCCAGCGUCCGGACCCCUCCUGGGCCUCUGCACCGGUGGGCGGGGCGCCUGCAUUGCAGGCCCUGUGGCACGGCGGAGUCCCGGGGGCCCCUUCCUGCACCCGAGUCUUGCCCCCACGAGGCCAUCACUAAUAGGAGCCCCUUUUUGUUGUCACUUAAUGUCUUUAUUUCCUGCCUUUAAAUUGGGGAGGAAGGUUCCAUAAGCUACAUGUUUCCUAGUUAAGCUCUUUCCUAUUGUGUUUAUAUGGUUUUGUUUGUUAUACUCUUUGCACCUUAACCCCACGACUACCCCCACACACCACCUUCCCAGCUUGUCUGGAGUGGGAAAAGGCCUGACCCCAAGGGGGACAGAGGGGACACUGGACCCCACUGACCUCCUUGUGAGGCCCUUGGCACUGGGGCAGGGGGCUGGGAUCAUUUUAAUCAUCAAUAAACUAAGCACUUUAUUCUGUACAGAUGUGGGUAGGUCCAAGGAGCCCGAGUGAUGUGAGGAUUUAUAAUCCAAGCUGCACAGCCCUGACUGUUCCCUGGGCCUGGAGCGGCAGUGCCCUGGCCUGGUUGGGUUUGGGGCCACAGAGGGUGGGCGCAAGCCAGAGCCUACAGACUCUCUCAGGCCCCUCCGCUGUCCUCUGGAGAGAGAAGGCGGGCCCCUCCCUGGAAGAGGAUGGGAUGGCUUCCUGCCCUGCAGCCCCCUAGCCCAAGGCCAGGGGUCCAAGCUCUCAUGGGGUCAGGCUGGGCCUCCCAAGUUCCUGCUUUACUGUAGCUCUUGCCCUCUCCUGCACCCCUUGAUCUCUGGGCUUCCAUGACGUCCUCAGGGUCCCCCCCCCCCCAAUCUCCUUCCCUUUGCAAUUUCUAACCUCUGGUCCCAGUGCCUGGCAGCUCUUCAGAGCUGGCUCACAUUUUCCAAAAACGUGUUGAUCUACCCCAGUGGGCUGUGGACCAUGACCCUCAUGGUCUCCAAUCCCUGUCACUGACACCAGGGUCUCCCCAGGGGCUGGUGGCCUUGCCACCUGCUAGCCCCACUGCAGCCUUAGAGAGCCUGGGUGGGAGGGGGGCUCUGGUCUGUGAGUCCAGACUGACACAGGCCAGAGAUGGGAGCGUGGGGCUGGCAGAGGUGAAACCUGUCCCAGGACCUGGGGCUCCUCGUGCACUUCCCCACCGAAGCAGGAGAAGGAUCUAGAUGGCAGGCUGGGCACUGGUCAGAAUGGUCACACAGCUGCAUGAGGCGCGGCCGGUCCCUCUCCUGGAAGGCCCAAGUCCCAGUGGGGACAGGAGCCCUGUGUCCCUGGUGCUAACAGCUCUCCUCGGUUUGGGUCAGCGUUGCUGGGGGCUCCUUUCUGGCCAGACCACAAGGGUCUGAAGCAAUAAUGGAACCUCAGCAGUGUCAGUAGGGAUAGGGGUUCUUGUUUUACCAGCCUUUGCAUUUACUUUUUAUUUUUUAAAAACAAUUUAACAAGCACUUGGAUCUUGGAGUGAGGCGACUGCAACAUCACCCCUACUUUUCAGGGCCAGUGUGGUCUGGGGGCUCCGGAUUGUAGCUUCCUGCCGGAGGUCUGCUGGGGUUAGAUUUCAGGUCCAGAAUCUGGGCCUCCCCCCUCAGCAAACUCUGGGCUCCUAGAGGCCAACUUGCCAAAGGAAGUGACCGGAGAGAGGAGGUGGGCCUGAAGCCCUGCAACUAUGGCCUGGGGACGGGUCAGAAACUGACCCUCCAACCCCGGCACAUGGUGUCAGGGCUGCCGUGAUGCACCUCACAGGGCUCAGCACUGGACAAAACCUGUGCCCAGGCUUGUGGACCCUUGACGUCUGGUCACAUGUGGCCACCCACAGCCCCCAAGGGUGUGGGCCGUGCAGGCGGGUGAGUGAGGAGAGUGGAGGGGAAUAAAGUCAGUACAACUGUCCCUGG